AUAUGGCUAGGGGGUUGGUUGCACCCGAUAUGGACCACCCGAACGGAACACCGGGGCAUAACCACAACAAUCUGAGUGUGCUGCAGCAGCAUUGUGCUUUCUUCGAUCAAGACGAUAAUGGGAUUGUUUAUCCAUGGGAGACUUAUGCUGGGCUUCGGCAAAUGGGGUUCAACAUCAUUGCUUCUCUUGUAUUAGCCAUCUUCAUUAAUGUGGGGGUGAGUUAUCCCACACUCCCGGCAAGUUUUUUUUCCUCGCCCCCAAAAUAUAGGGAUGAUAUAUAUAGGGAACAUAAUAAAUCCGAUUUUUCAGGUAUUGCCAGUGAAUUCGAGAAUGUGUUCAGCAAACACGCACGAACUUAUCCCGACAAGCUCACACUAAGAGAGCUGUGGAACAUGACCGAGGCCAACAGAGACGCCUUCGACUUAUUCGGCUGGCUCGCGAGCAAAAUGGAGUGGGGCACACUCUACGUACUCGCGAGGGACCAAGACGGGUUUCUGUCGAAGGAGGCGAUAAGGCGAAGCUACGACGGCAGUUUAUUCGAGUACUGCGCCAAGAUGCAAAGGGGAGCCGAAGACAAGAUGAAGUGAAGUGCGAAAAGAGCGUAUACAGCGAUAGAUACACCUUCGUGCGUAUGUAACUUUCUAGAGACGACGAAGUAAAUAUUUAUGGUAUGAGUCUCUCUUGUUUAUUAUGAUCAAUAAAAUGUUUUUAGCUUGUCUGAAAACCUUGGUUCUUGAAUUCGAAUAAACAGUUUAUUUA